AUGCUCUGUGCUAUCUCCGGCACGCAAACAGCAGACCCCGUGGUGUCUCCCAAAAGCGGAGGCGUUUUCGACCGCAAGCUUGCGCAGGCCUACGUUGCCACAUCCGGAAAAGACCCGCUCAAUGACGAGCCCUUGGCAGUGGAAGAACUCAUCGGCAUUUCCAGCGGCGGGCUCCCCGUGGUCAGCGUGCCCCAGCCUGCGGAAUUCCACUCCAUUCCGACCAUGCUUGCCGCGUUCCAAAACGAAUGGGAUGCCUUGGCCCUCGAGGUCUUUACGCUAAGAAAACAGCUCCACAGCACGCGCGAAGAGUUGAGUAUGGCGCUCUACAAGUACGACGCGGCCGUCCGGGUGGCCGCUAAGGCCAUGCGGGAAAAGGAGGAGGCGCAGCAGGCCCUCCAGCAAAUCGCCGAGACCUUUGCCUCGGAAAGGGACACCAAAGACAGCGGCGCGGAGACCUGCGCCACGGUGCUAGCCCAGGCCCGCGAGGCGCUCUUUGCCCUCCACAAGCUGCAGAAGUUGCUGCUUCCCGUCACGGCCCAAACGCGUGUUUCGGUGGUCAGAACAGAAAAGAGCCUGGGCGUGUCCCACCCAUUGCGCCUCACUGUCAACGCUGCCAGCGGCGAGGAAAUACUAGCCAGCGAGACCGGGACCCUCUGUCUCCCGGCAGGCGAGCAGCGGGCGGCUUUCCCCGCAGUGGUGUUUCUAAACGAGGCCGGCCGGUCCUUCGCGGCAGGCGUGAAUGAACGCGGGCUCGAAAUGCUAGCGACAGGCGAGAAACACGCCGUUGCCCUCGGGGAUGUGCGCCAGGUCCUCACCCACCCCAGCGAGCCGUACUUCGUGGCGGUCACGUGCCGCGACACCUGGGUCUUUGGCGGAAAGAACGGCAUCAUCCACGCCUCCGAGUCGCCGGGCGCCAUUGCCGCGGCCGACAUCCACGUGGACGGCAUGUUGCUUGGGUUGGCGGUGCCCGGCAGAAUCGACAUUGUCGACUUGGCGUCGUUCUCGGUCGUUUCGGCGAUUGCCGUCGCCGACUUGAAGGCGGUGUCGCGGAUCCACUUUGCCUGGAACGGCUACUGGCUUCUUGUCUGCGGGACCACGGCCGCGGGCCGCGGCCAGGUGCGGGUCUACGACUUGCGCAAGAGCUCGUUGGUGCAGACGUUCCAGGGGUCCGCGGAGAUGGAGUUUGCCAUCGACCCGGCGUGCCAGGUUGUGCUGAUCUGUGACCGCGCCACGCAGAGGCUCCAUGUGCACUUGUAUGCGAAGAAGGGCAAGACAUGGGCCGAGGACGCGCACGUGGAAGAAUGCGGCCUGCUUCAUGGGCUCCAAGUGGCGUCCUCGCCGGAGGACAUUCGGCUGAAAAAGACGGUGACGAUGGCAGGCUUGCAGGACGACAAGAUCGUGUACUUGGAGAUGUCCUUGGAGUGA